AUGAAUAUGUCUAAAAAAAGAUUGACUAAAAUUAAUGUGAAUUACAUAUUUGAGGUCAUUAAUUUAUUUGAUAAAAUUGGAAAGAAUAAAAAAAAAAUUACAAAAUUGAAGUUUUCUAAAUCUCUUAUAUUAACUACAUUAGGGAUUUUUUAUAUUUUUUUAUUGAAAAUAGAUACAUGUACAAUAAACAAUUGCACUUCAAAAAAGUUUACACAUAAAUAUAGGCGUUUAUAUGAAAAUGAAUUUUUAAAUGAUUAUAAUUACGAAUUUUUAAACGAAAAUUCUAAGACAAUUAUAGAAAAUUACCUAAAAUGUAUUAAAACUGCAGAAUUUAUUGAUGAUGAUUCUUCAGAUGCACUUGUAAAGGAAAAUGAUAUUAAUAUAAAAGAACUUGAGAAUUGUAUUUUAUUUGAAAGUGAUAAAACAAAUAAUAAUAAUUAUUAUAAAGAAGGAGAAACACAGAAUGAAAUAGAUGAAAUAUCUUCAAGUGGAAUUAGUAAUAUAAAAGAUGAAGUAUAUAAUAUUGAUGAUAACUCUUCCUCCUUAACUUUUAAUUUAUAUAAUUCUGUUGAUAGAACUUACUAUGAUAUAUUAAAUGUUAAUGAAUAUGCAUCAUUAAAUGAAAUAAAAAAUAAUUAUUAUAAUUUAGCUUUAGAAUAUUUUCUAGAUAAGAACACAAAUAAUUUAAAAAGAAAAAAGAAAUUCGAGAAAAUUAGCGAAGCAUAUCAAAUAUUAAGUGAUAAGGAAAAAAGAGAAAAAUACAAUAAGGAAGGAUUAGAUGUAACAAAAAAUAUGUUUAUAAUGGAUCCAUCCAUUUUAUUUAUGCUUAAUUAUAACUUAGAUCAAUUGUUUGGAUAUAUAGGAAAAUAUGAUUUAACAACUAUAAUCAAUUUUGUAACUGAUCAAUUUACUAGAGGAAACAUAUUUGAAACGUUAGUAGGGAAAUCCUCAUUUCAAAAAUAUGGAGAUUUAAUAAAAAAAAUGGAUGAGAAAGAAGAAGAAAGGAUAAAUAAGCUAGUUAUAUUUUUAAAAGAUAGAUUACAAGAAUAUGUAGAUGUUGAUGAGGAUACCUGGAUUGUAAAAAUGGAAAAUGAAAUUAAGGGUUUACUUGAAUCCAAAUUUUCAUGCUAUAUUAUAGAAUCAGUUGGAUGGAUAUAUGAGAAUGUUUCCAAAGGGUAUAUAGGAAAAGAAGGAAAAAUAAUAAGUAUGGAUGAAAAAAAGGCAAGAAAACAAGCAAAACAUAGAGAACAAAUGAACAGAAAGGAAGCAAUAAUAUGGAGUUUUAGAACAGUUUCUUCUAUUGGAUAUAUUUUGUCAGGAGAACCAAAAAAUCAUUUAAUGAUUCAUGGAGUAACUUGUAAUAUGCAUAAUAAUAAUGAAAUGAAUAAUUUUUGUAAUUAUGAUGAUAAUUCGGUAUGUUAUUAUCCAAAUGGAUACUCAAUAAAUAAAAUGUUUCAUAGAAUAAUACAUACAUUUGUAAAAACUAUGACUGUAUACAUUUUGGAUAUCAUUGAAUCAAUAGUUAGAGUUGUAGCAGAGAAGGUUUUGUAUGAUGAAAAUGAUGAUAUAAAAGUUUGCUUAAAAAGAGCAAAAAGAAUGAAGAAAUUGGGUAUUUUAAUGCAAAAGCUUGCAAGAAAUAAAAGUGAUGAAUUUGGAGAAGACAAAGUUGAUUUUUAG